CCCCUUCGAUCAAACGGUCGCGCGCAUAUUCGCCAUGGCAGACGCAAGCGGGAUCACCGAAGCCAGUCUUCGAAGCAAGCUAUUAGAGGCCCUGCAAGCAACCUAUGUCGAGAUCGAGGACAUGUCAGCAGGCGGUUGCGGACAGGCAUUCUCGGCCGUGAUCGUAUCGCCGCAGUUCGAGAAGAAGACGGCGCUGGCGCGAAAUCGGCUGGUGAAUUCGGCGCUCAAGAGCGAAAUCGCCGCCAUUCAUGCGUGGAGCUCGAAAUGCUAUACGCCCGACCAGUGGGAGAAGUUGAGGCAG